GCAAGCAUGAGUGGAAAGAUCUCCAUCUCCAAAGAACUUGAGGCCAAACACACAAAAAUUUUGGAGGGCCUGCUUAAGCUACCAGAAAACAAAGAAUGUGCUGAUUGCCAGUGCAAGGCACCACGAUGGGCAAGUGUGAAUCUUGGAAUAUUUAUAUGCAUGCAGUGUUCAGGAAUUCAUCGGAGUCUUGGCGUGCAUAUCUCACAGGUACGGUCUAUUACUCUAGAUACUUGGUUACCUGAGCAGGUUGCUUUCAUGCAAUCUAUGGGUAACGAGAAGUCCAAUAGGUAUUGGGAAGCGGAACUCCCUUCAAGUCGUACCAGAGAUGGAACUGAGAAAUUCAUUCGAGCCAAGUAUGAAGAUGAAAGAUGGGUAUCAAGAAGACCAACACGUACGGUUGCUGAAGUUAUUGGUGAAAUGAAACAUAAGAGUGACAUUCCACAACAUUUGAGGAGCCAUUCUCUUGACGAAGGGAGUUUUGCCAAGUACAUGGCUCAAAUUGCUACCCCAGCAAUAGCAACACGGCCUCGUGCGGUUUCCUUUGAUAUGAAUAAUAAUGCACUUGGUUUAGUUCCACCAAAAGGACAGACAUCAACGAAGAGUAGCAAUGGAGAUGGAGACCUUUUCAGCAUGAUUUAUAUCCCUGAAGCCAAACAAGAAACCCCCAAUAGAGUUCCUGCCCGAUUGGAGGUGAGCCAAGAUGAUUCAAGCCCAUGGAGUCAACAGCUUGAAUUGGAGAAGGAAUUGCAAAUUUGUUAA